CCCGGUGCGUUCGACGCGCCCAGAUCGUCACCAUACUUUGCGCCGUCAGCGCGCGCGCGCCUGUUGCCUGGUUUGGUGUGUUUGGUGCUUAAAAUUGUAAGCGAAACGAAAAAAAAAAAACAAGAGUGAAACAAAGCUGCACAGUGUGCAUUUUCAUGCAAAGAUAAAAAAGGAACAAAACAAAGGCCAAAAAAGACGUUGCUGAAAAAGGUUGCAGUUUUUGUUGUUGUUGUUGGUCAAAUUGACACUACAAUACCCGAACACGUGGAACGCGUUUGACCGUUGCGGUUUAAAUUUUAGAGCCGUCCAGUGACCAUCCUGACAGCAGUAUUUAAAACCGUGAAAACAUCUAAGCAUUUUUUUGGACUUUGAGAAUAGUGAAAACGGAUUGUUUUUUUAUUAUUUUGGUUUGUGAUUUUGUUGUAAAUUUCGGGGACGUAUAAUCACCUGCGCACUGCAACCCCGCGGCAUGGAAAACUCGUUCGCUUCCGAUCGGAUCGGGACGGUGCGGCGCGGGACGGCCGCGCUGGUGGCCGUCUUUUCCCCGCCAACGUUGGCCAUGCUGCUGCUGCUGGCGCUUGUGCUCGUGGUGUUUAAGGCGCGCCGAGCCAAGAUGGUGAAGCUGAUCGAUCAAAUACCGGGCCCGGUCUGCAUGCCGCUCGUUGGCAACGGGCUGCAAAUAAACGUCGGCUGCAAGGACGAGCUGUUCGAUCGUAUUAUCGCGUCGAGAAAGAUGUUUGGCCGGCGACAGGGCAUCAGCCGCGUGUGGAACGGUCCCAUACCGUACGUGCUCAUUUCCAAAGCUGCUGCGGUCGAGCCCAUACUGAGCAAUCCGAAGCUGGUGGAGAAGAGCAACGACUACGAGUACAUGAAGGCCUGGCUGGGCAAUGGUUUGCUCACCUCGCCCGGCUACAUCUGGCAUCCGCGCCGCAAAUCGCUCACGCCCGCGUUCCACUUCAAGAUACUGUCCGACUUUGUGACGAUCUUCCAGAACCAGGCGGACGUGCUGAUCGACAAGCUGGCGGAGCACACGGUACAAGGGGAACCGUUCAACAUAGUGCCGUACGUGACGCUCUGUGCGCUGGACAUUUUCUGCGAAACUGCCAUGGGAUGUCCGGUGUAUGCGCAAAAGAACUCCAACUCCGAAUACGUCCGUGCACACAAACAGUUAAGUUUGGCUAACGCCUGUUCCCUACGCACUAACGUCUUGUUUAUUCUGAAAAAAUGCUCUUCUUCUAUUUCGGCACACAGAAUCGGCAAGGUGAUACGCAACCGGCUGCAGAAGAUAUGGCUCCAUCCGGACUUUGUCUUCAAGCGCACGAAAGAGUUCCAGAAGCACCAGGAAUGUCUCAAGGUGCUGCACAACUUCUCCGACCGCGUCGUGCGCGAACGGAAGGAGGAGUUGCGCAAGCGCAAGGAACAGCUUGACCAGAACAACAACAACGGCAAUGGAGAGAGCGACUACAGCGUGCUGGAAGAUGGCAUCUACCGCAAGAAGCAGCUCGCUUUUCUGGACCUGCUGCUCGAGGGUUCCGGCCUGUCGGACCUCGCCAUCCGGGAGGAGGUGGAUACGUUCAUCAUCGGCGGCCACGACACGACCGCCGCCGCCAUGGCCUGGAUACUGUACCUGCUGGGCGCUGCGCCCGACAUACAGGAGCGCGUCAUCCAGGAGAUCGACGCGGUGAUGGGCAAGGAUCGGGACCGUCGCCCAACGAUGGCGGAGCUGAACGAGAUGCGCUACCUGGAGUGCUGCAUCAAGGAGGGUCUGCGGCUGUACCCCAGCAUACCAGUGAUUGGCCGGCGGCUGACGGAGGAUGUGCGGGUCGACAACUACACCAUACCGGCGGGCACGACCGCCAUGAUCGUGGUGUACGAGCUGCACCGCGACACGUCCGUGUUCUCCAACCCGGACAAGUUCAACCCGGACAACUUCCUGCCGGAGAACUGCCACGGGCGCCACCCGUACGCGUACAUCCCGUUCAGUGCCGGGCCGCGGAACUGCAUCGGCCAGAAGUUCGCGAUACUGGAGGAGAAGUCCGUCAUCUCGGCCAUCCUGCGCAAGUACCGCAUCGAGGCGGUGAACCGGCGCGAGGACGUGCAGCUGCUGUGUGAUCUCGUGCUGCGACCAAAGGAUGGGCUGAUAGUGCGGCUGCACAAGCGCGAGUAGAAGGGAGGGGCGUGUGAGCGAUGAACGCUACCAGACAGCAUGUCGCAGUAGUAGCAGUAGCUCUCUCUCUCUCUUUCUAUUCUUCUCUCGUCGCUCUCGGUACUCAGUAUUACUUGUGCUGCCCAUCGCACGUAGUGCACACGCUUUGAUUUCGGCUCUGGUUGCUGAAACCACCGGAAGAAAGGCAGUACAAAACUCAGAUUUUAAUGUGUACUUCGCUCGCUUGCUGCUGUUUCUGUCUCCCCUGUGCACUUCCCAGGUUGCUCUGCUGCUUCUACGGGUAUUUUACUUUAGACGCUUGUGUUAUCCAUGCUCUUGCGGGUUGUAAGAAACAAUGGUAUAAGUCGCUUGUGUACCAUGCUUGUCCGCUCGCAUGGUUGGCACAUUCGUACGUGCUUGCCGCUGGUGGCGUGCGGUGUCUACAGGACCGUUCUAUUUCUCUCUAGCCAUAGAGACAGCAAGAUCGAGACGACCAUGCCAGUAUUUUACGACGCGAUGCGGUGGAUACGUGUUCUAGUGAACGUUACUGUCGGGGGCGUUAUUGCAGGGUUUGCGAAACUUCGCUGACGGCUCAGGACAAUAAGACUUUAUAAAUGUAGAUUUUAAUUUUUACUAGUAUAAAUAAAACUUAUGCGGAAAAUCGGUAUCGGUGUUUUGCAUGUACCAAAGCACAUGACAUAACAUAUUA